CGACUACUGAGUAACCAGGAGUUUUUAAAAGGCCCCUUCUCCACAGGCGGCCUCAUUGUGUGAUGAAAGAGCAGCUUGGACCACAGGUGAUUUAUUUUUACACCUUUAUGACUAACAUCAGCACCUUCUGUCCUUGAUGGAUUAUUAACUUGAGAAAUGAUCUUUAUUAUCAAGCGACCGCAUUCAGUGGGAGUAGGUGCUAGUAAAGAGCGAACGGAAGUCAAGGUGUUGCACUUUUUAUCAGUCAGAGCAGAAUCUGGACUUGUAACCGGACUCACUACUUGAACUGUCCCUGGACCUGAAGAGCAGUAGCCUUUUAUUUUUUCAGUCUGAGGUUCUGUGAGGUGAAUUUUGAAGUGUCAAUAUGUAUAACAGGGAUUUAAGGAUGUGCUAAGUGGGACCUGCUGAGUCGCUAGUAGUUGCUGGACUGUGUGAGCCAUGGUUGGUACAGGUGGCCCGGUGGCCACUUUCUCAGUGUGGGACUAUGUGGUGUUCGCGGGGACGAUACUGGUGUCUGCGGGCAUCGGCCUCUUCCAGGCCAUACGAGGACGUAAGGAGACAAGCAGCGCAGAAUUUUUGUUGGGCGGCCGGCAAAUGACGGCGAUCCCUGUGGCCAUGUCGCUCACCGCCAGCUUCAUGUCCGGCAUCACGGUCAUCGGAACACCGGCGGAGGCCUACAACUUUGGAUCAGCCUUCUGGCUUUUCGGCUUUGCCUACGCCAUAAUGUCAACCGUUACAGCUGAGGUCUUCGUGCCCUUCUUCUACAGACAGGGGAUCACCAGCGCUUAUGAGUAUCUGGAGAGACGCUUCAACAGGCUCAUUCGAAUAAUCGGAACAUCAAUGUACAUUGCACAGACGAUCCUGUACACCGGAUUGGUCAUUUAUGCACCAGCUCUAGCUCUCAACCAAAUCACUGAACUUGAUCUCUGGGGAGUGCUGGUUGCGACUGGAGCGGUCUGCAUCAUCUACUGCACUCUGGGUGGACUUAAAGCGGUGAUCUGGACAGACGUGAUGCAGAUGGUGACCAUGCUGGCAGGUUUUGUGGCUGUUAUAGCGAGGGGGGCCGUACUGCAGGGGGGCCUCACUACUAUCUGGGAAGAUGCGCGUGAAGGAGGACGACUUGAUGCAUUCGAUUUUGAUCCAGACCCUUUAAAGCGACACACUUUUUGGACAAUACUGAUUGGAGGAACUGUUAUGUGGACAUCUAUAUACGCCAUCAAUCAGUCUCAGGUGCAGCGCUUUAUCUCCUGCAAAACACUGGGCCAUGCCAAGAUGUCUUUGUAUCUGAACAUGGUGGGUCUGUGGUUGACUGUGAGCCUGGCGGUGUUUUCUGGACUCACCAUGUACUCCAUUUACAAAAACUGCGAUCCACUUACAAAUGACGAUGUAAAAUCUUCCGACCAGCUGCUUCCUUACCUUGUUAUGGAUAUAUUGGCUGAUUACCCAGGAAUUCCUGGACUGUUUGUGGCAGCAGCAUAUAGCGGAACCCUGAGCACUGUUUCUUCCAGCAUUAACGCCCUUGUCGCUGUCACCGUUGAGGACUUUAUUUAUCCUGUGUGCAAAAAUCUCACACAAAGGCAGACAACAAUCAUGAACAUGGGCCUAAGUGUGCUCUUUGGUGCGCUGUGCAUCGGAAUGGCAGGGGUCGCUUCUGCAAUGGGGAGUGUUCUUCAGGCAGCCUUGUCUAUAUUUGGGAUGAUCAGCGGGCCCCUUCUUGGUCUCUACCUACUAGGCAUGUUUUUCCGAACAGCUAAUUCAAUAGGAGGACUGUCAGGGAUGAUCAUUGGUCUGGCGUUAACCCUGUGGGUGGGGAUUGGCGGUCAGCUCUACCCCCCGACAAGUGAUAAGACCAAUCCACUUGAAGUCAAAACCACAGGUUGCUACAAUAGCACGAGUCAGGACUUCACAACACCCGCUCCCGUGACUCUGACAACACAGGCUGAGUUCAGGCCAGCUUUGGCAGACUCCUGGUACUCUCUGUCUUACCUCUACUUCUCCCUGCUGGGUGUACUGACCACAAUAGCUGCUGGUCUGCUGGUGAGCAGCAUGACAGGUGGGUGCAAGCAAGAAAACCUGUCCUCCGAUCUGUUUGUGCAAAAAAGCGACCUGAUCAUAUUCAACUGUGGCAAAUCAAAGUCUGUGGACUUCACUGAAAAAGACCCAUUGGACUUCUACAUGUUUGAUGAAAUGUCCAGCACAAAUAAACUAAAUGUCCAUGCUGAGAAAAUGACCCGAUUCUAAAGGCUGGCACAACCUCCGCAUACCUGCAGCAGGUUUACAAGUAGAUUUGAAACUACUUAUGCAGAAUGACAUUAAUUACAUUAUUGCAAAAUGGAGCAGAAAUAACAAGAGCACACAUAUACUAUUUCAAUGAAAAGCUAUUGCACAAUUUAACUAACAAUACUAGACAGUAUUCUUCAUGUUGAAAAAUGUGUUGCACUCAUUUGCUGCAGCUCUCAGAAACUGCACUGCUGAGUUUUGUUAUUGAUCUGAGCACUGAUGUUCCUCGACAAUAUUUUUAUGUGCAAAUGUGUAACUCCUUUGUAAAUGGGAGAGCUGUUUGUUUGUAAAC